UGUAUGCAAUGUGAGAAUCAAAUUUAAUCCGCAAAUUCAGAUGAUCUCAAAUGUUGGCGUUAACCAUCACUUAGCGAUCCGAAAUGUGCAAGCGUCAGAUAAUGGACGCUUUACAGCGCAAGCGAUGAACGCCGCGGGUACUAAGCAAUCUACUUGCAUGCUGAUCGUAGCGCCGGCGCCAACGCCCAUUCCAGGCACGAAAAGUAUCGUGUCUGUUCCAAAUUCACCGGUGCCACCACAAACGCCAGUAGGACCAUCAGCGCCAAUUUUCCUCAAGGAAUUGAGAAACCUGCCGUUGAAACUUGGCACGCAAAUUAUUCUUGAAGCUCGAGUUGUCGGCAGUCCAGAACCUCAUGUAGAAUGGUUGAAGAAUAAAUUACCGCUUAAAAAUUAUAGAACAAAAAUUGAAUACGAUGCUCGAACAGGCAUUUGUGCAUUAAUUAUACCACAAAUGUUUGCUGAUGAUGUUGGAGAAUAUACUUGCCGUGCAACGAAUACGCAUGGAAUUGCUGAAACAUCUGCAGAGGUCACGUAUUUAAUCUUAUUACCACGUAACCAAUUCGAAAAAUGGUUUAACGAGCAGCAGUCGUUGAUCACGCGAGAACGGAAACUCGCUAUGCUUGCACAAACAAACAAACAGCAAAAACCAGGCACUGUUUGCUCAUUCUUUACAAGUGAUGAAAAGGUAUAUUUAUGCCACACAGUUUUAGAAUCCAUUCGAUCCUAUGUACAAGACGUCAAUUCACAAAUACGUCAAUCCGGAUCACAACAAACAGCAUCAGUAACGCAACGUCAAAUGAAACAAAUUACUCAAAAUGGCAGUUCAGACUAUGAUAGUAUUAGUGAAAUUCCAUGGGCCUUAAGCGAAAGCGAAACAGAAGCCGAACUUGCAUCUAUCAAUUCCCGCGGUAUUGGGGGGCCACCUCGAAUACAAGCCCCUUUGAAUGACCUACGAUUGACUGAAGGCACCGAUGCAAUUUUACAGUGCACCAUAACAGGAAAUCCUAAACCUAAGAUAACUUGGCUCAAGAAUGGAGAAGUGAUUGAUUUGAUCAAUUCGAAGGGAAUCACAGCUUUGUUCAAAGGAUCUUUGGCAAUGAUCAAGAUAACAUCAGUUGUGGCAGAAGACAGUGGCGAGUAUGCUCUCAUUGCUGAAAAUUAUUACGGAAAGAUCCAAAAUGAGAUCAGCACAAAUCAGCAGACUAUUCAAUACUUGAUAAGCUCAUCAGCAAUUAUAUGACU